AUUGCCAACCCGCCCAAUUUCUCUAUUUAUCUCCAAGCUGUGGCCCUCGCUGAUUCAGUCCAAUUCCUCCUUUUCGACAAUUGAUACCCUCGAUACCCCCUCGCCAUAAUUCACAAUGGGCGAAUUCCCCGUCAAGAAGUGCGGCGUUCUCGGCUGCACCGGCUCCGUCGGCCAGCGCUUCAUCCUGCUUCUGUCGCAGCACCCGUACCUCAAGCUCGUCGCUGUCGGCGCCUCGUCCCGCUCCGCCGGCAAGAAAUACCGCGAUGCCGUGAGGUGGAAGCAGGCCUCGCCCAUGGGCGCCGUCGCCGACCUCGUCGUCCGCGAGUGCAAGGCCUCUGAGUUCAGCGACUGCGACGUCGUCUUCAGCGGUCUUGACUCUGACGUUGCCGGUCAGAUUGAGAUGGAAUUCCUCAAGGCCAACCUCGCUGUCUUCUCCAACGCAAAGAACUACCGCCGCGAUCCCCUCGUGCCCCUCGUCGUCCCCACCGUCAACCUGCCCCAUCUCGACCUGAUUCCCCACCAGCGCAAGCAGCACAACCUCGAAAAGGGCUUCCUCGUCUGCAACUCCAACUGCGCCGUCAUCGGCCUCGUCAUCCCCUUCGCGGCCCUGCAGGCCGUCUUCGGCCCCGUCGACCAGGUCUCCGUCGUCACCAUGCAGGCCGUAUCCGGCGCCGGCUACCCGGGCGUCUCGUCCAUGGACAUGAUUGACAACGUCGUCCCCUUCAUCUCGGGCGAGGAGGAUAAGCUCGAGACGGAGGCGCAAAAGAUCCUCGGCACCAUCACCUCGGACCUCACCGCCUUUGAGGACCAGAGCCAGCUCAAGGUCAGCGCGGCGUGCAACCGCGUGCCCGUGCUCGACGGCCACACGGCCUGCGUCUCGCUCAAGUUUGCGCGCCGCCCCGCGCCCUCGGCCGAGGAGGUCAAGAAGGCGCUGCGCGAGUACGUGUCCGAGGCGCAGAAGCUUGGGUGCCCUUCGGCGCCGGAGAGCCCUAUCCUCGUACACGACGAGCCUGACCGGCCGCAGCCGAGACUCGAUCGCGACCUCGGUAGGGGGUACACUGUCAGCGUUGGCCGCGUUCGGGAGGACGAGAGCGGAAUCUUUGAUAUCAAGUUUGUUGCGCUUAGCCACAACACCGUCAUUGGCGCUGCUGGCUCGUCCAUCCUCAACGCUGAGGCUGCUGUGCUCAAGGGCUUCGUGUAAGGAAAUCCCGUCAAGACGGAGAGGGAGAGGAAGGGGAAAUGUCGGAUUCGUAUGGUUUUCAUGAAUGAUCUCAAAAAAAAGUAUAGGUGUAUAGGUGCAUGGUUGGUCGCAUUUACGGCAUGGAAAUAUCACAGACAAAAAGACAAAGUAGAGAAUAUGGACGUACGUUCGAUG